CAAAAUCAGUUUGGAAUAUUAUUUUUAAUUUAAUUGAUAUAAUUUCAAAAUAAUAAAUAUCUCACCAAUUUGUAUUAUUGCUACUAAGGAACGUUACAUAUAUUAUUAACACAAAUCGCACAACAUGAGUUUAAUUCCAUGGACUUCGUUAAAUGUUGCAGUCCGGUCAUUUUCCAGUACUAUGGUACAACAAUCAAAGCAAUGGCGACUGUCUCAGGGGCUUUCAGCAAAUCGCAAUGCUGAGGGUGUUCUUACAGAUGGACCUGAUUAUACUUUCUUGGAUGGGAGACCAACACCUCUACUGCACAAGCAAAAACUUCGAAUAUUGAAACAGCAGGACUAUGCUGCCCAAAUCGUGGAAAUGUGUGCUGAGCUUGAUUUUGCUAAGAAAAGACAUCAAGAUAUACUGAAAGCUGAGGCAGAGGAGAAACAAAAAUAUAUAGAUAAUAGGCUUAAACCUAAGGGAAAUUUGCUAAAUAGACGUAGUAACAAGUAGGUUAAUAAUUGCAAUAUUGUUAUAUUA